CUGGGGUACCGCGCGGUUUGGCCCCGCUCGGCUACCGUCGGCUGCGCCGGGAUGGACCUGGGGCCGCUGCGGAAAAGCUACCGGGGGGAUGAGGAGGCCUUCGAGGAGCAGCACCUGGCCUCCCGUGACCCCAUCCAGCAGUUCGAGGUCUGGUUCAAGGAUGCUGUGGGCUGCCCCGACAUUGGGGAGGCCAACGCCAUGUGCUUGGCCACCUGCACCAGGGACGGGAAGCCCUCGGCCCGCAUGGUGCUGCUGAAGGGCUUUGGGCCUGAUGGCUUUCGCUUCUUCACCAACCACGAGAGCCGGAAGGGGAAGGAGCUGGACGCCAACCCCUUCGCUUCUCUCGUCUUCUACUGGGAGCCCCUUAACAGGCAGGUGCGGGUGGAGGGCUCGGUGCGGCGGCUGCCGGAGGAGGAGUCGGAGCAGUACUUCCACUCCCGCCCCAGGAGCAGCCAGAUCGGGGCCGUGGUCAGCAGGCAGAGCAGCAUCAUUCCAGACAGGGAGUACCUGAGGAAGAAGAACGCGGAGCUGGAGGAGCAGUACCGGGAGAGCGCGGUGCCCAAGCCGGCGUACUGCUUGGUGUUUCUUCUGCCAGGGGGGGAUACAUCCUGCAGCCAGAGGUGGUGGAGUUCUGGCAGGGCCAAACCAACCGCCUGCACGACCGCAUCGUCUUCCGCCGCCUGCGGGACAGCUCUGCCCCCCUGGGGGCCAUGACCCACCGUGGGGAGGGGGAUUGGAUCUUCCAGCGCCUCGCCCCCUGAGGCCACCGCUGCCUCUGGCCUCCUUCACCCACUCAGGAGCAGCACCUGCGCCAGAGCUUGCCCCUCCUGCCCCCCUCGCCCCCCGGGAACGGGGCCGGCCUGGCUCUGCUCUCCCCUGGGCGCUGAGCUGUGGCCCCCAAAGACCCUCAGCCCCUUUUUGCCUCUCCCUGGGGUGGGUGAGAGCAGCAGGUGGGGGCCCUGAGUCCCUUUGCUUCUUUGUGACCUCUCCCAGUGCUGCUGGUGGUUGAUUCAUCGUGGUGAUAAUCAUGGAGGGACCAAGAAAGCCCCCAGCCAGCCAGCCCCCC